AAUGUUCAGAAUAGUUUCACUUUUUUUGCUUCUCUGCGAAAAAACAAGUUCUAUCCCCCUGGGAGGUAUUCAAGUAAAUGUAACAGUCCUGGAUAGAAAAACAAUCCUAGUAUCAUGGGAGCUGGAGGAGCUGCAAGAAAACUUGAGAGACCCAAGCACAGCACAACAAAAAGUCUCAGGAGCCAAUCAGAGUGAUGCCAGUCCUGUGCAUCAAACCAUUUUGCGUCCAAAAGCACAUAUCAGCUCAAAUACAAGCUCAAAUUUUAGCUUAGGUGCAAGUCAGAACAAAACCAAUAGUUCUGAGAUUGAUAAUACUAGUGUUAACACAACUGACGAAGAAAGUGAUGUAAAUUCAAAUGUCAAAUCUUCGAACCAAGGUUCAAGGAAACACUUUAUCAAAUCCUUAGAAUCAAAAAAAGAAUCACAUAGACUGUCAGUUGGGACUCAGUUCAAUGUUGCCUCGACAGAAAAUACUAAAACUAAAACCAGAAAAGGAUUACUUAAUCCUUUAGGAAUGGGAUUAAAUGAUUUCUCAGACCCUACAGAUGGAUUAUAUGAUCCUUCAGACCUAACAGAUGGAUUAAAUGAUCCUUCAGACAAUUCAAAAGGAUUAACUAACACUACAGAAGGAAUGAAUAAUCCUGUAGAAACCACAUUGGGAUUAGAUGAUCCUGCAGAUUCUUCAACAGUUCUGAAUGAUAUCUCUGAGCCCCUGGAUACGGAGGAAUCUGAAGAAUCUCAAAAUCAACUUGAGAUUCUCUAUACAAAGAACAAUGAAAGGUCCUACAUGGUUCUGCCAGUAUCUGUCAGAAAUAAAACUUGGAUCAAAAUUGAAACUUUGACGCCAUAUUCAGAUUAUCAGCUGAUUGUUCGUAAAAAGUCCAGGUGUGGCACAGUACAGCAAAGUCCAAUUGUACUUUUCAACACUACAACCCUUAGCAACACGAGAAAGCCUGGAGGUUCAGAGAUGGUUCUUGUUGUUAUAAUCAUGAUACUGUGGGGAGUUACCCUUACUCUCUUCUUCCAACGUUGGGGAAAAAUUCGCAGUCUUCUUCCGUACCAACCCGUCUACAGUAAAGAGAUGACAGAGAAAAUUGCAAUUGAGGAAGAAAAGCAUCUUAGAUCUCGACACUCUGAUAGUAUUUGUGGAGAAUAUUUUCAACGAGCUGAGAAUCUUCUCCAGUUUUCCCCUUACCCCUGCAGGCCGAAAUUCAAAACAAAUUCAACAUAUUUCCUAAAGCAACCAAAUAGUCUUGACUAUGAACCGAAUGAAUUGCGAAAAACAAGAUCUGCAGAAAAUGUUCUUUUUCGCAAACCAAAAAUCAUCAUUGAUGAGCCAUUUUUUGUUGACGAGAACAACAGUUCAUCCUAUAGAGAGGGUAGGCUCGGGCACCAGGUUCCUCAACAAACAGGCCUCCCCCUGCUAGCUGCAGCCAGCCAAGGAAUGUAUUGUAAGAAGAAAUCUCUGGAUAUUCCAAAACGUGAUGGAGACACCAGAACCAGCUUCGGAAAAUCUGGUCGAAGUAAAUCUGAUUGCUGUGUGGACAUCUGGUUGGACGACUUUCCUAACAGUCGGCGUUUAAGUCCGGACUUUCCGUUCCGGCGACCUUUGAGCGCCGAGCCCUUACCCAGACUUAGCUUACUAGAUCUAGACUUAGUUAGACGAACCAAUUCAGAAAUAGGCAAGGUUCUUUAAUAAGGAUGGUUUUUCUUAAUGCGCUCC